AUGAGUCGCAGCACGCAAGGCUGCUGGACCUGCCGAGUCCGACACAAGAAGUGCGACGAGACACGCCCUUUCUGCAGAGCGUGCACCUCCCGCAAGGUACAGUGCCACGGCUACGGCGAAAAGCCAAUCUGGCUUGACGGCGGACCACUAGAGCGAGUGUAUCGGAAAGACAUCAAGAAGGCGGUCAAGGAGAACUUCAGAUUGCUGAGAAAGUCAACAUCUUCGGGUUUCAGGAGUAGGAGUCGUCCCCGUACGGGGCAGCGGCUUGAUGAUGAUGAAGAUUUGCCUUCGCUCAAGGGACCCCUCUCUUCCAAUCGAGGAAGGGGAGGGCCUCACAGGUUGAUUCCGACAGAGUCACAGCAGCCUCACAGCUCUGAACCAGCCGACGAGCAGCAAGGAGCGGUACCUCAACACACUCCUUCCUCGAGCGACAAUCGGCGGGUACAGAAUGUCGUACCCCUGGGACGAAACGUCUUCGAAUACCGGGACGCUGAACUGCUGAUGCACUACUUCGACUACGUCUUCCCGCUACAAUUCCGAUUCUAUACACAUGAUCUCGAGAAGCGAGGACGCGGCUGGCUUCUAUGGCUCCUCGUUAAGACCGGACCUCUCUACCAGGCUGCCCUGAGUCUGGCUGCCCUACAUCAAUACACCUUGCGCUACCACGACCAGAGUGAGAAAUACGUCGAGCUCCACAACUACCAUUCCAAGGCGUUGCGGGACCUGCAGCUAUUCCUGCAGGAAAACCAUGCGAACAAUGACGCAAGUGAAGCUACCCGGCAGAUGGAAGUGCUCGCUUGUGGAGUGUCGCUGAUUAGUUUUGAGCUUUUUCGCGGUGGUGUGAGUGAUUGGCAGUUGCAUCUCAACGCACUUGCAUCAAUUGUCCAGAACCUUGAGCCGAGAAUGCUACAUCCUGGCCAGGACGUCGAUGAGAGCUUACAGCAAAGCCCAUUACCGUCUCCCCGCCCUGAAAGAGAAGCUCUCCCGUUCUUGGUCGCCGUUGUGCUGUGGUUCGAUUUACUGUCCUGCGUCUCCACAGGGUCGACCCCUCGCCUCGCCUACGAAGCACUCCUCCAUGAUUAUCACAUCAAGCUUGAAGAUGUCGUGGGUUGCCAGAACUGGGCGAUGGUGGCAAUUGGCGACCUGGCGAUUUUGGACGUGUGGAAAAAGCAAGCCCUGCUUGCGGACGACUUAAGUGAUCAAGAAUUGCUCAUACGAAGCCAGAGUGUGCGGGAGAGUCUAGAGAAAGGACUCGCUACUCUUGAAUCAAAAUUUAGUCUAAGCUCUACAGCAGAAACCAGCCAAUGCCCUGCAAGCCCUGAGCUGAAUCAGAGCGUGGUGUCCAAAGUCACCACAGCGUUUGCCUCCGCAGCUCUUGUGCAGUUAUACACAAUCGUGCACGGUGCGUUCCCCGGCCAUCCAGAUAUCCAAAUGGCUGUUCAAAAAACCAUGAGCGCUCUGGAACAAGUCCAGGAUUAUCAGGAUAUGCGUGGUUUGAUCUGGCCCAUCUGCAUAUCUGGCUGCAUGGCCGAUGAGUCUCAGCAAUCUGUCUUUGAGGAUUUGAUCCAGAGGAUUGUCGGUGAGUCUAUGCAAGACUUUGGGAAUUCGACGACCGCUCUUCUGAUUAUGCAGAAGUGUUGGGCGCUGCGACUCUAUAAUCCAAACAAGCAAUGGAAUUGGCAAACCACAAUGGUUGAGAUGGGAAUCUGCGGCCUGCUAGUUUGA